AUGUACUCCAACGCCCCCGCCCCCACUCGAGUGUUCCUGAAAUGUUACAAGUUUGCUAUGCUGGGUGUCUAUGGUGUUGGAAAGACAUCGUUGGCCACACAAAACUACGCUCAGAACAUAGAAGACAGCUUCAGAAAGCAAAUACUAGUGGACGAGAUAUUAUGCUUAGUAGAAACGCUGGAUUGCGAAGACGGCGAAGAGUAUCUGGGCCUCAGAGACGCCUACAUACGCAACAGCCAUGGCUUCGUUUUCGUAUAUUCAAUAACAUCCAGGGCAUCCUUCGAGAAGAUCGAGCACUUCUACAACUCUGUUCUACGGCUAAAAGGGGAGCAUCCUGUGGGUAUAAUCGUCGGCAACAAGCGGGACAAAUCGAAUCAGCGCGUAGUGGGGAUAGAAGAAGGCGCGGAGCUCGCUGCGCGACUAGGUUGCGAGUUUGUGGAGACAUCCGCGAAGACGGCCGAUAACGUCGACAAGCUCUUCCCCGACCUCGUUCGAGUCAUUCGUCAUCUCUCCGGACAUGAGUCUCCAGAAUCGUCUGAUCCCUCGCAGUCACAUCGAAGUGGAGAUAGGAGACCUGAUAGAAAUGUCAUUUCGGCCCUAUUUGGCCGACUACGGCGUCGAUAG